AUGAGAAUAAAGUUUAUGAUCGCUGCUUUCGCAGCCACUGCCAAUGCUGCUCCUGCCAUCAUAACGAGAUACCACACUGCACCAGCAGUAACACAAUGGGUCACCUAUACUACAAACACAGUUUUGAAAACUAAUAUAGUCGUCGCUACAGUAAGUGGACCACCACCUGCUGCUGAAGUAGCAUCUUCCCCUGAGACUAGUACAGUCGCACCAUCAGCUACUGCUAUAACGUCUUCUACACCAGAAGCUGAAGCCACUACUCCUGCAACCACAUCUACUUCUCCUGCUCCAGAAACUGAAGCCACUACUCCUGCAACUACAUCUACUUCUCCAGUUCCAGAAACUGAGGCCACAACUUCUGCAACUACAUCUACUUCUCCUGCUCCAGAAACUGAAGCCACCAGUACUUCUGAAUCUACUUCUAGUACCCCAACAACCACAUCUAGUACCCCUACCACUACAUCUACUACCCCUAUGACCACAUCCACUACUCCAACUACCACAUCCACUACUCCCACCACCACAUCCACUACCCCAACCACCACAUCCACUACCCCAACCACCACAUCUACUACUCCAAUCACCACAUCUACUACUCCAACCACCUCAACCACCACUUCCAGUAGUUCAUCAGCUGCAUCUACUUCUUCUGGAUUGAACUCAUUCGAGUCUGCUAUAUUGAAUGAACACAACGUUAAGAGAGCCCUUCAUGGAGUCGGAGACUUGGUUUGGAACACUACUUUAGUAGACUACGCUGUCGCUUAUGCUGCUGAGGCAUUUCUGUGUGAUAACGUUCAAUUGAUCCACUCCGGUGGACCUUACGGUGAAAACUUGGCUGCUGGUUAUGUUGGAGGAGCAUCUCCAGUAGAUGCAUGGUAUGAUGAAAUUUCACUCUACAACUUCGACAGCCCUGGUUUUUCAGAAGCCACAGGGCAUUUCACCCAAGUUGUCUGGAAAGACACCACUCAGUUGGGAUGUGCAUUAGUGGCCUGUAAUAAUGAAUGGAGACAAUACACCAUUUGCGAAUAUUCCGAGUCCAGAGGUAAUAUAGUGGGAACGGACCUGGCUACAGGAAAAUCCUACUUCGAAGAGAAUGUUCUCCCUCCCGUCUAG